ACAUGUAAUAAAAUAAGGUGGGGAAGGAGGAGGGGAGACGGAGCGAGAGUCUCCCAGUUUGACCGGGAUUCGUCAUCUUGGUAGGAUCGCAUCAUUAAAUUUAUCAUCAUCCGCCAUUGAUCACCAUCCAUCAUCAUCAUCUUUGUGAUUAGGUACCAUUGAUCAGCACCAUCGAUGGGGUCAUCACGGAUGCCUCAUCAUCACCAUCAAUGCGGCUGACCUUCUCCUCUUCUUCCUCUCCCUUGCCGUCAACCUUCCUGUGACUAUUUCCAUUUUUUCCUUCGCCGAGUCGUUAAAAGGAUUGUUCUUUUGGUGCUUUAUGGUCUGCGAAAUUGCUACAAGGGAAUUAAGAGAUAUAGAGAGAUUGGCGUGGGAGAAGGAGGAGCAAUAGAGGAAAAGGAGGACGUAGAGGGAGAAGAUGGGUUCGUGCUGGUCUUCGGGGAAGGUGACGGGUUCGAGUAGCAACAGCGCGAAUAACCAUGCCAACGCGACCAACGUCAAGAACCAGCAUAAGAAGCCGGCGACGACGACCGGGCCGGUAGAGGAGAGCACCGGCAACAGGAAGAACUACCAGCACCACAAGGACAAGGCGGCAGCUAGGAGGUCGCCGUCCCUCCUGCCCUGCGGCAAGCGGACGGAUUUCGGGUAUGAGAGGGAUUUUGAGAAGCGCUACAGCCUUGGGAAGCUGUUGGGCCACGGGCAAUUCGGCUACACUUUCGUUGCCACCGAUAAAUCCAACGGCGAUCGCGUAGCUGUGAAGAGAAUUGAGAAGAAUAAGAUGAUUCUUCCCAUUGCUGUUGAAGAUGUCAAAAGAGAGGUCAAGAUCCUAAAGGCUUUGAGUGGCCAUGAAAAUGUUGUUCAGUUCUAUAAUGCUUUUGAGGAUGAUUCUUACGUGUACAUAGUGAUGGAGUUGUGCGAGGGUGGGGAGCUACUAGACAGAAUCCUUGCCAAGAAGGAUAGUCGUUACACUGAAAAAGAUGCAGCAAUAGUAGUCCGGCAGAUGCUUAAAGUUGCUGCAGAGUGUCAUCUGCAUGGUGUAGUUCAUCGGGACAUGAAACCCGAGAAUUUUCUUUUCAAGUCAAAAAAAGAGGAUUCCCCUCUUAAGGCUACAGAUUUUGGACUAUCAGACUUCACUAAACCAGGGAAGCGGUUUCAGGAUAUUGUUGGUAGUGCUUAUUAUGUUGCCCCCGAAGUGCUUAAGCGGAGGUCUGGGCCUGAAUCUGAUGUUUGGAGUAUAGGUGUUAUUACUUACAUUCUACUUUGUGGAAGGCGUCCUUUCUGGGACAAGACCGAGGAUGGAAUAUUUAGAGAGGUCAUGAAAAAUAAACCUGAUUUUCGUCGAAAGCCAUGGCCAAGCAUCAGCAGUGCUGCUAAAGAUUUUGUUAAGAAGUUACUAGUGAAGGAUCCCCAUGUGAGACUAACUGCUUCACAAGCCCUGUCACACCCAUGGGUGAGAGAAGGUGGGGAAGCAUCAGAAAUUCCUUUAGAUAUUCUGGUUCUAUCCAAUAUGCACCAAUUUGUGAAAUACAGCCGGUUGAAGCAGUUUGCGUUGAGGGCACUGGCAACCACUCUUGAUGAAAAUGAACUUUCUGACCUUAAAGACCAGUUUGAUGCAAUUGAUGUGGAUAAAAAUGGAGUAAUCAGUCUUGAGGAAAUGAGACAUGCCCUUGCAAAGGAUCUUCGCUGGAAACUGAAGGAAUCACGUGUUGUGGAAAUUGUUCAAGCUAUUGACAGCAACACUGAUGGGCUAGUUGACUUUAUGGAGUUUGUUGCGGCAACCUUGCAUCCACACCAGUUGCAAGAACAUGAUUCCACGAAGUGGGAGCAGCGUUCUCAGGCUGCCUUUAGUAAAUUUGAUGUAGAUGGAGAUGGAUUCAUUACACCUGAAGAAUUAAGAAUGCAUACAGGACUGAAGGGGUCUAUUGACCCUCUCCUCGAAGAGGCUGACAUUGACAAGGAUGGGAAGAUUAGUUUUUCAGAAUUCCGCAGGCUCUUGAGAACUGCAAGCAUGAGUAAUCUGCCCAGCCCAUCUGGCCAUCGGAACUCCCGCAGACCAGAAUAUGCAGAGAAGCAUAUGAGAGAUGCAAGCUGAUUUUUCCAUAUGAACCGCAGAUGAUUCACAGAUUUCUUGCUUGAUCAUGGUUCCAAUGGGGCAACUUGCGUCUAAAACAUGCUCCUCCAAUGGCUCUUGAUGAAGCUGUUUCUUGUUUUCUAUGGCUAAAGUUUAUCUGUCCAUGAAAUCACAUGCCAUGAAAGCCUUCACCAGCAUUUGUUAGGAUCGGCGUUGAUGUGGGGUUUGAUGUAAAGAUUGGUACAGCAAUACAAGUGUGGAUUACCCAAACUAGGUUCCAGUUUCCACCUCUGUUAUACGUGUAGCUUUUGUCAUUUUGUAUUUGAACCAUUGAUUUGUAAAGUGUGGGGAUAAAGGGACUUUCUCUAGUGUCAGGUUGAUACAGGAGAAAUGGUUUCUCAAUACAAAAAAUUCUAAUUCCUUCUCUCAUAGAAUGCAUAGAAAUAUGUGCUGAUUUUGUACUGCAGAAAUUGUAAGACAAACUUUUUUAUGAAAUUGCAGCAGCCAUAGCAGAAGCCAUUAUGCGAA